GUUUGGAGCCUGCUGGUCCCCUGCAGGCUGCCAGGUGUUUAUGGCAGUGUGCGAUUUGGAGUGUGGGUGCUGGUGCCAUGUUGCCCACAAAUAUUUUUGCUUUCUACGGUCCACGCUGGCGUAAAUGUUUGUAUUUUUUCACCUGAUUUCGAGAUACUUUAUAUGUUUUUAUGAUAUUCUCAUCUUGUCAUACUCAUUCUGACAAUAAAAUGCUACUGGUAGGUAGGCGCACUCCUCUCGCUGAGAAGUAGAAACUGUCUCCAAUGUAUGACUUUUCGGCCCAAGACUACCUGCGAUGUGGUUCCCCAGGCGUGGUGUCAUUUCUCCACGGAUCCAAGGCUGUAGAGAAGCUCGUGCAUUGGCUCUUUGCGCAACUGCGAGUCUCGGUUGGCGCUUGCUUGUCCCUGUGGCCUUGCCGUUUCAAUCUUUGUCACAAGAGAGACUUGUGACCGGAAGGCCGAGACAACAGCGGGCUCUUUGUGCAAUGGCCGCAGAUGGAGGGAAAUCUGAGCUGCGCAAGCACUACUUCGGAGAUGUUUACAAAGAAGGCAGGUAUGAGCCUUUGCAUCCUGAAUUGUUCGAGAAUCCGCACGAGAAUGUAAGGAGGUGGCUUGCCCCUACCUUUUUGUCUGCCGCGACUGCCGAGCAUCCAAAUUUCAAGGACGUUUUGCGAGAAGAAACUCCUGGAGUUUUCUCCUUCGACCUUUUGAGCUCUGAGUUCUGCGACUUGCUUCUUGAGGAAGUAGACCAUGCCCAGAAGACUGCUCGUGAGGCUCUUGAUCGACCCAAUGGCAUGAACAGAUAUGGGGUGGUGCUCAACCAGCUCGGUCUGGAACCCUUGAUCACAGUCAUUCAACAGGAAUACUUGAUGCCACUCAUGGCAUCCCUUUUUCCAUUAGAGUCUCAAGAAUGUCAAGAUCAUCAUACUUUCAUCGUCAGGUACAAAGCUGACGAAGACAUUGGUCUGGACAUGCACGAGGAUGAUUCAGAUGUCACACUCAACGCGUGUUUGGGAAAGGACUUCGAGGGCGCCACUCUAUCAUUUUGUGGCUUGGUCACCGACGACAAUCACCGAAAGAUGCAGUAUACCUACAAGCACGAGAAGGGCCGUGCUGUGAUACACUUAGGUCGGCACCGCCAUGGUGCGGACAACAUUCAGUCUGGGGAGCGAGUCAACUUUAUUUUAUGGUCGGUCAGUGAGACCUACCGAAAUUCAGAGGCCUAUCGCCUUCAUAGGCUUCGGAGCUCCCAUGCCGAGACUCCAGACCCAAUAUGUUUGUCAUAUACGCACGACCGCGACUACACCAAGUACCUUCCAAAGCCAACGAAGGCAGAGGCACUGUCCCGAGGUGUGAUCAUGGAGGUGGUAGAGAGAAGACUGGACAUGUACCAGAGACCAGUGCUGGAUUUGGCCCGCCCCAUUGAAGAGAUCAAUUCCGUUCCAAGCGUUUGCCUUUUUAUGGAGGGAUUGCCACCCCCCAGGCAAAGCGAGUUGUUUCAGAUCCUUUUGCAGAUAGCCAGCGAGGUUCACAAAGACGUUGGAUGUGUUGAGGGGCAGGUGCCGCCGAUCAUAUUCUUUAUAGCUGUGCAGUCUUCUGGAGCUGUGCCCCAGGUCCGGGAAAUGAGUGGAGCCAUGUCAAGUCCUUCACUGGUGAUCCUUGAUGUGGAUGCGGAGAAGCGCUAUCGUUUGGACUCCAAGGAGGAUCUUGAUGGUACCGCCAUCCGGAACUUUGUGGCAGCCUUCCGAAAAGGAGAACUGAAGGCAGAGCCCAUCGGGAGUCCUACUGCACAAAAUGAAGACGCAGAUCCACAAAAGAGUUCUGAGGAGGUAGCUGGAACUUCUUUCGACACUCCGCCAAAGUCACCACAGGCUCGUCCUGGCUGUACGCUGCUCUGAGCAGCAUGAAGUCUUGUACAUAGACAUAUUGUUGGGAAAGGAUCCUGCGGAACAGCACCGCUGCAGAUCUUGUACAUAUUUGCUGAUACAAAGCGGUAUGUGGUAUGUGUUUGUUCCAGUGGUGUUAAA